ACUUUUUAAAAGAUUUGAAAAUUCGAAUGCUAAAUUGCUAAGAAAUUUUCCGAUUUUGGCCCCGAAACUUGAGACCCGCAGAGGGCCGGCUAGGGUAUCUUGGGUAGGCAGGCUAUCCUGGGAUGAGGAUAGUUUUAAGAGUCCUGCAUCCCUGAGCUCGCUGCUGCCUGGCAGGCUCUUGUGGCCUGCAGGCUUAGGGUAGUGGUUCUCAUCCUUCCUAAUGUUGUGACCCUUUAAUACAGUUCCUCAUAUUGUGGUGACACCCCACCCCCGCCAACCGUAAUAUUAUUUCGUUGCUACUUCAUUUCUGUAGUUUUGCUACUCUAGUGCAACCCUAGGGGGUCGCAACUCACAGGUUUAGAACCUCUGCUUUGGGAGCUUGUAGGAUCCCCAAGGAGAUGCUGGAGGUGGACAGCAAGGAUAUUUACUCCAGUUUCCAGGAUUGCUCUUCUGAAUGACCUGUGCACCGGGGAGUGAGGAUGUCAACCUGGAAUGUUGCACCUUCAGAGUGUGUUGUGGGUGUGUCAGACAGUACCACAGAGAGUCUUUGAGGGCCCUCUAUUAUUCAUUACCUGAGUUCAUGAAGGGAGGCGCUGUUGUGAAUUGCACACCGGUAAACUACUUGAAAUGGGUUCGUUGGCCGAGGGUCGCAGCUGAUGACAUCUUGAUAUUAAUAUGUUCGCUGCUGCUACCAAGAGCUUCGUCAAGCAAGUUGGAGACGGAGGGAGAUUAAUCCCUGUCCCGAGCCUCAGCGAAGCUGACAAGUACCAACCCCUGAGUCUGGUGGUAAAAAAGAAGCGGUGUUUUCUGUUUCCUAGAUGCAAAUUCACAUCCACACCCUUCACACUGAAAGAUAUUCUCCUGGGAGACCGAGACAUUUCAGCCGGUAUUUCAUCUUAUCAGUUACUGAAUUAUGAAGACGAGUCAGAUGUUUCCCUCUAUGGAAGGCGAAGCAACCAUAUUGUGAAUGACGUUGGGAUUAAUGUUACUGGAUCUGAUUGCAUCGCGGUCAAAGCUUCCUUUGGUGUAGUGACCAAACAUGAGGUGGAAAUAUCAACAUUACUCAAGGAAAUUACUGCACGAAAAAUUAACUUUGACCACAGUUUGAUCCGCCAAUCAAGGAGCAGCAGGAAGGCCGUGCUGUGCGUUGUCAUGGAGAGCAUCAGAACCACACGCCAGUGCUCUCUGUCAGUGCAUGCUGGGAUUCGAGGGGAAGCCAUGCGGUUCCAUUUUAUGGAUGAACAGAAUCCCAAAGGAAGGGAAAAGGCUAUUGUUUUCCCGGCCCACACAACUAUAGCUUUCAGUGUUUUUGAGCUCUUCAUCUACCUGGAUGGUGCCUUCGACAUUUGUGUCACAUCAGUGUCAAAAGGAGGAUUUGAAAGGGAAGAAACGACAACCUUUGCCAUGUUCUACAGACUGAGGAAUAUUCUCUUUGAAAGAAAUAGGAGAGUGAUGGACGCCAUCUCGCGUUCCCAGCUUUACCUGGAUGAUCUCUUUUCUGACUUCUAUGACAAACCUCUCAGCAUGACUGACAUUUCCCUCAAGGAGGGAACUCACAUCCGAGUGAACUUACUAAACCACAACAUUCCUAAAGGGCCCUGCAUACUCUGCGGAAUGGGGAACUUGAAAAGGGAGACAGUUUAUGGCUGCUUUCAGUGUUCUGUGGAUGGCGUGAAGUACGUGAGGCUUCAUGCGGUUCCUUGCUUUGAUAUCUGGCACAAGAGAAUGAAAUAAAAGGAAAAGGAAUAUG